AGUUUUUGAUCUUUAUCCGAUUCAGCAAAUGUUCUACAAAUGUGUUUUUUUAAAUGAAAAAUACUUCUACGUUACUAUCUAAUAGUUUUUGAUCUUUAUCCGAUUCAGCAAAUGUUCUACAAAUAUUAAACAUCAGAAUGCCUCCUGAUCCCUCAAGGGUUAAUUAUAAAUCUGAGGGUUUAUUUCUUUAAAAACCCAGAUCGUGUCUGUUUUGAUUUUUAAUGUGCCAAACAUUGAUAAACAUACGCUAUGUAAACAAAAGCUGUUUUGGGGUCCUCCAUAAUAAUUUUUAGAAGUGAGAAAGAGUCCCAAUAGCAAAAACCUGAAGAUAACACUGGUCCAGAUCUUCGGUGAUAAAAAUUAUCCAUGCCUUCCUUAAAUUGCUUUCCAGAAGUGGGGGGAAAUAAGUGAAAAGAUACGAGGUGGACCAGACUUAAUGUGAUCCCAUCCAAUUAGUCUUGAAGAAAUAGCUGCCCAUCAAAAAAUAAUCCCUUCGACUGGAACCAGGCAAACAAAGCAGGCAGUUGCUAAGAGAAUUCCUUUGUCACCUUCCUUGCUGGCUUAACGUUUGUGAUGAGUGCCAGGCGUGGUUUGUUAAUUGGACAAUUAUUUUUUUUAUUUAUUUGCCUUGCGCAGCUAUUAAAUACGAUCAGAUUGAGGUGUUCGGCUACGUGUCUUGGUCUCUCCUGGAUGGAUUCGAAUGGCAACAGAUGUUCAACAACCGGCGAGGAUUGUUUUACGUAGACUUUAAUAGUAAAGAGAAGGAUCGGAUCCCCAAGUCAUCUGCCUUUUAUUAUAAGCAAAUUAUUCAGGAGAACGGCUUUCCUGCGGAAGAAUCGACCCGGACUUUGCAAGGCCAAUUUCCUCCGGAGUUUUUCUGGGGCAUCACCGAAUCAGUUAUCAAGGCAGAAUCCUUAGCUUCUUCUCCUCAGUUCUGUGACCCUAACCUGUAUCUCUGGAACGUCUCCGGCGACGGAAAAUUCUACCAGGUGAAGGGAGUGAGAUUGAAAACCCGGCCAGUUCAAUGCACGGACUUCACCAGCCUUAAAACACAUCUUCAACUGCUCUCGCGAAUGAAGGUCACUCAUUAUAGAUUCGCCUUCAAUUGGUCGCUGCUCCUCCCCAGCGGCGAUCCCUUGUCCCUUAACCGCCAAGUCCUUCGGUAUUACCGAUGUCUGAUUAGCGAGACGCUCAAGCUCAACGUGAAGCCCGUGGUCACCUUGUACUAUCCGACCCACCAGUCACUAAGCCUGCCGGGUCCUUUCCUUCAACACGGUGGUUGGUUGAAUCAAUCCACCGUCCGGGCAUUUACAACUUACGCCGAAAAGUGCUUCCAGGAAUUUGGAGACCUGGUUAAAUUCUGGAUCACCAUCAACGAGCCAAAUCGGUUCGGUGAGGUUUACAACGGCAGCAGCAAUGACACGUACCGGGCAGCUCACAACUUGCUGAUGGCGCACGCCAUGGCUUGGCAGGUCUACGAUAAACGGUAUCGGUCUUCCCAGCGGGGUCAGGUGUCCCUGUCUCUGCACUGCGAUUGGGCGGAACCUGCCAACCCUUAUCUCGAUAGCCACUUGGAAGCGGCCGAGAGGUUCCUCCAGUUUGAAGUGGCCUGGUUUUUAGACCCUCUGCUGAAAACGGGGGAUUAUCCCCCAGCCGUGAGGAAAUAUCUCGGUUACAAAAAAGGCCAAGGCCUCUCCAGUUCCUUUUUGCCGUUUUUCACCAAGGGAGAGAAGCAGCUGGUUCGAGGGGCUGCCGAUUUUAUCGCCGUGAAUCACUUCACCACGAGAUUUGUGGCCCACGAGUCGAAGAACGGGAGCCGGUAUGAAUUCGACCAGGACAUUCAACUCGUGCAAGAUUUCACCUACCUCAGUUCCCCCCUUCGCUCCGCCGUGGUGCCUUGGGGGUUACGCAAAGCCCUGAACUGGAUCCGUCGGCGUUACGGCGACAUGGACAUUUAUCUCACCGCCAGUGGGAUCGAGGAUCCGUCGAACGACAACGACGAGCUCCGAAAAUACUACAUCGGGAAGUACGUGCAGGAAGCGUUUAAAGCUUACCACGUCGACAAAGUCAACCUCAAAGGCUACUUUGGGUUUAAGCUCACGGACGAAGUCGCCAAACCCAAAAUUGGAUUCUUUACUGCCGAAUUCCAGGCCAAAGCUUCCGUCCAAUUCUACAACCAGCUGAUCUGCAACAACGGCUUCCCUGCUGAGCCUGCCCAUAAAUGCAGCCCACACAUGGAAACGGCUUCCUGCACGCUCUGCCUGCUUCUCAUUCGGGAAAAGCCGCUAAUCUUCCUCGGAUGCUGCCUUUUGGCUACACUAGCGACGCUUCUAAGUAUCGUUGCGUUUCAUAAACGAAAGAAAAGAAAACAAGAGUGGUCAAAAUACUUCCAGCACUUUGGCCUUUCUGUUGAAACUAAAGCUAAGAAAGUCCCUAGCCAGAUAUAGAACUGUUUUCUUUUGUCCAUUUGGCAACAAGGAUCAGAAAAGUUAGCGGAAACACUCCCUAUUCUUGUUCAGCAAGAUACUUACCAUCAGAACGCCAAAUUCAGGAUUCUGACACAGAACAACACUUUGGGUUUUUACCAAGGAUUCACUCUACAUUCUUCUUCCCUGUCUUAAGAUAUUUCUAGCUGCUUACUACGGAGAAUAUGGUGUCCAGUCCAAACUAGCCUUAUUCCCUUUCUUCAGCCUCUGAUUAAUAUAUACAAUCCAGUCCAACAGAAGCUAUUCAACAUAUUGUAAGGCUUGCACAUCUCCACGUGAGAGCGAACUAUUAAAAAGGAUGCAUGUUGGUUCGUUAUUUUAAUUCGAAUGCAACCAAAGUGUUUCUGUUGGGUCUGUUGGGAUAAACUCUGUGGUUCAGUUUGAAAUGACAAGAUUUUUUAGAAGCGUGCACUUUUCAAGAAAUGUCUUCGCCUUUCUCAAGUAUAAUUCUCCAGGGUUUGUGUGUAUGUGCUGUGGUUUAUAGAUGGAACGUUUACGAUAUCUUUUAUUUCAUUUUUUGCAAUCCAAGUUGGUUAAAUACCAGCAUGUAUUAACAUUUAUCACUAAUGCUUGCCUCCCAUUUUGUCUCUCGCCCCCCCAAAAAAAUUCAAUUAGGUAACGGAGUUUAAUGGUGAGAUUGUAGCUUUUAAUUCAGUUUCCAAAAUAAGAAACAAGCGGAGUUUUGGGAAAAGACCGGAAAUAUCUCACAAUUUGAAUUAAACCAACCAAUUCCAGAUUCCGAAUGGCCUGAAGAUAAAUAAUAUUCCACUGUCUUAGCGUGUGA